UUUUUUUCAAAUACGAAUCGAACAAGCCAUUCCUAAUCCUUCCUAAUUUCAUUCGAAUCAUCUCUCUUUGUAACAGAUAAUCUUAUCGAUGAUUUGGAACAACAAUCGUCUUGGCGCCGCUUAUUACAAUGUCGUUACAUCCGAAUUAUUCGUGCUAGAAGAUACGAUAGACGACUUUGAACGUUUCGACGUGGCAAAAGUGCUAUACAAACAAUGUUUACCACGUUACUUGCUCGUGAACGCUGGCGCGCCAUCUUCUUUCACGAACGCGAUCAAGCAAAUUUUAAUGGCGCAAACAAUGAACGAAGAAUCGAAUUCGUUCGAAAGCGUGCGUAACACCGUGUUGAAACUGACCUGUAAAAAAGACCAUAAUUACGAACGAUGCUCGCACAGAGUGAGAUGUCUUCGCAUCGAAUCAGAGCCGAGAAACGCCAACAGCAUGGACAGAUUGACUUUCUUAAAUAGUAUAUUGAAUUUCAAGUGUUGCUCAAUGAUUCACGCUUUGGGUUCGCUCUUGUUAUUCGUCGACAAACAUUGGAAUAACAUCGCUCUAGAUCCUUCCGGAAAAGCGUCCUUCGUAUCUCUGAAUUACAUCAAUCUUCGAGAUUUAGUCACGAUGGACGAAGAUACUUAUAAAGCGUUGAACAUCGUUCAAGCAAGGGAUCACCCGAGUCUCUUCAAAUUUGGCGAAACGAUCACGACGAUGAAAGGUGUCAGUCUGUUCUCCCUGCUUAAUCGUUAUUGCAAUUCAAGACCAGGUGUUCAAUUUCUAUGGAAAACAUUGCAUCAUCCGACGCGAAACAUCGCGAUGCUCGAGCAACGACUAAACGCGAUCGAAUUUUUCCUCGAUCUCGACAACCAAAGCGUCGUCGAAAAUUUAACCUCUUGCUUGCGGCACGUGUAUCGCUUGACCAACGCCAUACUGAUCUGUUGUUCCGGACCACAAGCAAAGCCGUCCAAUUGGUAUAAAUUGUACAAGACUAUCUCCCACGUAAUUUGUAUAGCUGACAUUUGCGAAGAAUACGGGGAAAGAAUAGAAUUGUUCAAACGAAUCGCCGAAAGUGUGACGACUGAAAUACAAUAUGUGAAAUACUUUAUCGAAUACAUAGUGGAUUUUGGUGAGAGCAGACGAGAAAGGAAGCUCGUGGUUAAACCGAACGUCGAUCCUUUGUUGGACGAACGUGCGUGAAAAAAAUUUUU